AUGGCCACAGAGGUAGACAGCAGGCCUGGGGGGCUCCCCAGCAGUGGUUGCGACCUGGGCGCAGCUCGGGAGCACAUGCAGGCGGUCACCCGAAACUACAUUACCCACCCCCGUGUCACCUACAGGACUGUGUGCAGUGUCAACGGGCCCUUGGUGGUGCUGGACCAGGUCAAGUUCGCCCAGUAUGCUGAGAUCGUCAACUUCACCCUCCCCGAUGGGACUCAAAGGAGCGGGCAGGUGCUCGAGGUGUCUGGGACAAAGGCAAUUGUGCAGGUGUUUGAAGGGACCUCUGGGAUUGAUGCUCGGAAGACCACCUGCGAAUUCACUGGGGACAUCCUGCGGUCUCCAGUGUCAGAGGACAUGCUGGGUCGGGUUUUCAAUGGUUCUGGCAAACCCAUUGACAAGGGACCGACAGUCAUGGCGGAGGAUUUCCUGGAUAUCAAUGGCCAGCCCAUCAACCCCUACGACCGCAUCUACCCUGAAGAGAUGAUCCAGACGGGCAUCUCUCCCAUCGAUGUCAUGAACAGCAUUGCCCGUGGUCAGAAGAUUCCCAUCUUCUCAGCAGCUGGGCUCCCCCACAAUGAGAUUGCUGCCCAGAUCUGCCGCCAGGCUGGGCUGGUGAAGAAAUCCAAGGCCGUGCUGGAUUAUCACGACGACAACUUUGCCAUUGUCUUUGCGGCCAUGGGGGCCACAGGGCCCCGCCUCCCGCCCUCCCUGUUGUGUGUCCAGGUGAACAUGGAAACAGCCAGGUUCUUCAAGUCCGACUUUGAGCAGAAUGGUAGCAUGGGGAACGUCUGUCUGUUCCUGAACCUGGCCAACGACCCCACGAUCGAGAGGAUUAUCACCCCUCGCCUGGCACUGACAGCGGCUGAAUUCCUCGCCUACCAGUGUGAGAAGCACGUGCUGGUCAUACUGACUGACAUGAGUUCCUACGCCGAGGCCUUGCGGGAGGUCUCAGCUGCCAGAGAGGAGGUGCCUGGGCGCCGGGGCUUCCCUGGAUACAUGUACACAGACCUGGCCACCAUCUACGAGCGGGCAGGCCGAGUGCUGGGGCGGGGUGGAUCCAUUACUCAGAUCCCCAUCCUCACCAUGCCCAAUGACGAUAUCACUCACCCGAUCCCAGACCUGACAGGCUUCAUCACAGAAGGACAGAUCUAUGUGGACAGACAGCUCCAUAACAGACAGAUCUACCCCCCCAUCAACGUGCUCCCUUCCCUGUCGCGACUGAUGAAGUCGGCCAUAGGCGAGGGGAUGACAAGAAAGGACCACGGAGAUGUCUCUAACCAGCUGUACGCCUGCUACGCCAUCGGCAAGGACGUGCAGGCCAUGAAGGCCGUGGUGGGGGAAGAGGCGCUCACUCCCGAGGACCUGCUCUACCUGGAAUUCCUGCAGAAGUUCGAAAAGAAUUUCAUUAACCAGGGCCCCUAUGAGAACCGCUCGGUGUUCGAGUCGCUGGACCUGGGCUGGAAGCUGCUGCGCAUCUUCCCCAAGGAGAUGCUGAAGCGCAUCCCGCAGAGCGUGGUCGAUGAGUUCUACUCCCGCGAGGGGGCGCCGCCGGACACCGCGACGGACACUGCAUUCUAG